GCUAAUGCCUUUGAUUCAGUGUCAGUUCAGUGAGGGAGCUGCGGCUGCUGCUGGAACAGGCUGGAGAAGAUACGCUGAGGCUGAAAGCGUCCAGACCGCGCUCCACACCUCACACAGGAACUCACCAAUGCGUCCUCAGAUACUCCACACUUCUCUAUCCUGAGGUUCUUUUUUGUUCGACGCAGUGGCUAAGGUGUUUUUUUUUUUUUUUACUUUUAUUAAGUUCAGUUUGCCUUUAUUGGACUCGAGAGGAAAACAGUGCUGCUGAAUUUCUCUGUAAAAAGGUGCCACCAGGUAAUGAGCUCAGUCCUGCUGUCCAGCUCCAACAUGAAGGACCGUGACUCUCUGAGCCUCCUGCACUACUCCGGCUCCGGCAAAACCAACCCACAAUUUCCACCUCCAAACCUACACUCUACCUCACCGAGCCUGGGCAAGCCCCAGCCCUUCUGCCUGCAGUCCAGCCAGCACCUCAUUGCCUCCAUGCAGCUGCAGAAGCUCAACAGCCACUACCAGAGCCUGGCUGGCUCACCAGGAGUUGCCGGUGGGCCAAACCGAGGGUUUGGAACUACAUCUCUGAGUCCAGCACAGAUUACUGCCCCCGGUAUGGCUCAAGGUCCAGGCAUCAUAGAUUCAGAUCCAGUUGACGAGGAGGUUCUCAUGUCUCUGGUGGUGGAGUUGGGUUUGGACAGAGCUAACGAGCUUCCAGAGCUGUGGCUGGGCCAGAACGAAUUUGACUUCAUUUCAGACGUACCUGCUGGGUGUUGACUCUCAGAAGAAGGCUUAAUCACCACAUCACUUUUCCACUGUCUCACUUCUGCUGCGCUUGAGGCGCUGUUGGAUGGCUUUGUAUAGAUCUGAUGGACUUUUAUUCUUUUUCUUUCUAAUGAAGGUUCCAUGUAUAAUCUAGACUCCCUAUUGAAGGUCCAAGCUGCAGAGGCCUAGAUGAUUACGAACUCAACCAUGACUACUACAAAGACAGCGAUUCAAAGGUAUUUGCCUAUAAAAAAGGAUCUCGAACUUAAAGCAGAAGACAUUGCAUCAGAAAACUCUGGAAAAGCCUGGAAGGGAGGCUUUCUUGAAACCAACACUUGGUGAAGUGCAGACCCCCAUUAUUCUAAUGGAGUUCUCAUUCAUUUAGCUUAAUCCUUUCCAAGCUCCAAGUUUUUCAAAGUGGUGCAAGAAUGUUCUCCCACAGUUCUCUAUUGGCUGACAUGGAAUUCAGUUGUAAGCAAUGCACAUGGACUAUAUAACUAGGUCUAGGCUUCCAGCAUUUCCUAAACCAUACCAAAAGUGUCUUAUGGUGUUACUGAAGGGAUUGUUUUCCACCAGUAUCUUUCUUACUGGAACAAACUCCAACAACACGAGCCCACUGCAGAAACUGGCCAAAUGUGACUCCUUCUUCCUUCCCUUGUCAGGGGUUGUUUCUUAAAGGUGUAAAAGAAAGGAGCAAGCACUACAGGACUUCUGAAAGGUGUGCUGUGGACCUGGUCUCUGAAGGACUGGUUUCACCCAUUGGCUUUUUUUUGCCAUCUGUCAGUUGUUUCCCUGUCCAGUCGAUGGGCCGGAUGGAGUUUCUCCUCCCUAAUGGAAGGCGAUCCUGAAACCCUUGUGUGCGUGGAUGGGCUACUCUCUUCCAAAACGCAUGUCAUCGCAAGCCUCGUUUACCCUGGUGGAACCCUAUCCGGCAGACGGCUUUCCAUGGUUAAAUAUAUUAAUGACGGACGUGUCCACUUACUCCAGAGGUUGCCUGCACGGCCGUAUAGCCUAGGUCUGAGUCUAAUAAGGUUAUGAAUUGGCUGAAGAAACACUCUGCCGAUUAUCUAAAGAACAUAAGAACACAAGAUAACUUGGAAGUUAAAGAAUUCUAUUACAAAAGCACUAUAUUGUACAUGUUUAAUCAAAUGUUUUGUUUUACUCGAAUGUGUUACAUUUAAGAAUUAGAAUAUGUUAGAAAGAGCUAAGCAGACUUGUAGAGACUCUACUGUCCUAUUCUCAGAUGUUCUGUGAUUUAGAAUAGGCUAAAGCAAACCUGUGUUAAUGAAGAAAAAAAAAUAACUUGGAUGAUUUGGUUUGGUUUAAUAUUUGUCAAUGAAUCAAAUGGUGAUUUUUGUUUUGUUUUUUGUUUAGCACUUUCUUUCCAUCUUUUGUAUUUUUCUACAAAAGAUGCAAAUACUGUUAUUUAAAUGAGUGUAUUUGGCUACAUUUCUGGAAAAAAAAGUGAAUAAAGAAAACAGAAUUCAAAA